GCGAGUCAAGUUAAAACCAUAGAAAACGGCUCCAGAUACGUUACUCUAAUCACUCUCCUUUCUUCAAUUAAAAAGAAAAAAAAAAGACAAAAUCUUUUAAGAACAAUGUAGCCACAAGCUAUCCUUACCUUAGGUAGUAAGCCAGAAACUCGAAGAAGAAAGGCAAAAAUAUAAUAAUAAAUAUAGUCUCGUAAAUCUUUUUUUAUUCAAAGAGUCCAGCAACAACAAAACAAAAAGAGUAACAUGAUUUUCGAUCAUCGACUUCUUCACAAUGACAAAAUCAAGAAUAACCGGAAUAUUAUCUCAGCUCCUUUUAACAGCCGUAAUUUCUCCGAUUUUGGCGGUUUCCGGUUUAUCGGACGGUGGAGAUCAUGAGAGGUUUAAGAGACGUGAUCCUCUCAACAGCUUUAGGUAUUACGAUGGAGGUUUCGAUGUUAGAGACAAGCAUUACUGGGCAGCUACUGCAUUUAUCGGAAUCCACGGUUACGCCGUCGCCGGAGUGUUGAUCAUUGCCGGCGUCUGUUUGGCACUUUACAUAGCUUUCUCCGACAAAAGGAAACGCGUUUCUUCCACGCGCCGCAAAUAUCUCGACCGUUACUGUCUUCCUCUGUUCUUACUUCUCCUCCUCUUUAUGAUUCUCUCCAUGGCAACGACAGGGAUGGUGAUAGCAGCGAACCAGAGCUCGAAGAACAAAACAGAGGGAAUGAAAGAAACCAUAGACAAAGCAGGAGAAGAUGUUGAGAGAAACAUCCGUACAGUGAUAACGUCGCUGACGAAGAUACAAUACUUGUUGCUUCCCUACGAUCACGAAACGACUCAUCUUCUCAAUGUCACAACCCAUCGACUCGGCAAAGGAUCUCGGCUUAUUCAUAGCUUCGUUCAUCACAACGGUCGUUCCAUUGAUCUCGCCAUCAAAAUCUCGUAUGUAUCUCAUCUUGUGAUUACAUCAACCAACUUGUUCGUUCUGCUUCUAGCCUUUGCUCCUCUCUUGCUUCAUUGGCACCCUGGAUUCAUUAUGGUGAUAUUCUUGUGUUGGAUCUUAACCACUCUUUGUUGGGUUUUAACUGGAUUCGAUUUCUUCCUUCACACAUUCGCAGAAGACGUUUGUUCAGCUUUCACUGGUUUCGUGCAAAACCCACAAAACAGCACAUUGACUAAUCUUUUCCCUUGUAUGGAUCCUCUUCGUUCUGAUAAAACCCUAAUCGAAGUCAGCUUAAUGAUCCAUAACUUCAUCACCGAGUUAAACUCUAAAGUAGCAGAUUCGAUGCGUUCUAAUGCGUUGACUGAUGGGAGCAAGACAGUCUCGUCGGUGCCGGAAUCUGGACUGAUAUGUGAUCCGUUUGUCGGACAACAGAUUAACAGCUACACUCCACAAAGCUGCUCCAAUGGCGCCAUUCCAAUCGGCGAAUUCCCAAAUAUCCUUUCAAGAUUCACAUGCCACAGCAAAGAUCCACCGGAAACCUGUAGAAUCACCGGAAAAUUCAUCCCGGAAGCAGCUUACCUUAAGGUCUAUGCUUACAGUAACUCAGCUCAAGGCAUGCUCGACAUCUUGCCUUCUCUACAAAACCUAACACAAUGCCUUGCUGUGAAAGACACGUUAUCAAGCAUCGUCUCUAACCAGUGUAAACCUUUUAGGGCUUCCAUGUAUCGGCUUUGGGCAUUGAUGCUUGCUCUCUCUCUUAUCAUGAAGGUUCUGCUUUUGCUCUUCCUUGCUAAAGCCUUACAAGAGAAAGGAAAGAGUUUUGCUUGGUUUUCGAUUAAUCCAACGUCUUGUAGAGAGAUACGACUAGUGAAUAUAUAG